GUAUUUAUUCCUUGUGUUUAUCCGUCUUGUGUUUGAAUUAGAUCUGAAGAACCAUACUUUCUAGACACGCAUAAAAUAAUAUAUAUUCGAACUUUAGAAGUAGGAAUAGCAAAAUUAGACUCGCUGAUGAUAAGUGAGGCGGCAGCUUCCAAAGGUUCUUCUCCGAGGUCGUGAUUAUUAUGUCGGAACGCAUGAAUUGACAGUAUUACUCUCUUGCGGGACGACACUGUUGUGCGGCUACGAUGAAGCGGUCAAGUAACAGCCCAGCUGCAGUGCCUCCGACAGGCGAGCUGGACACGCUGGGUCCCGCUGCUGCGCCUCCUGCAGGCGAGCUGGACACUCUGGAGGACGUGUUCGAGCUCGUCGGCACCAAGGGCGCCUACAACAUUCUGGUCCUGAUCGCGUGCUCUGCGGUCGGCCUGAUGACGCCUAUGCAGAUUCUGUCUUCCGAUUUUCUUGGGAAGGCGGCACCUCAUUGGUGCGACGUGCCGGAGCUCCAGGCAGCCAAUUGGACGAUGGAGCAAAUACGCAACUUCUCCAGUCCUGACCCCGCACAAAAUUAUAUGUGCUCUCGGCGGAGCUACGACUACGGCAUCGCGGCACAACUUGGAUUCGAAGCCGUGAUGGAAGAUACGAACGUCGUCCCUGGGGGCGACAUGAACGAGACGUGUUCCAGUCUCGUCUUUCAAGACGGUAUCGAUAGCAUCGUCACUGAGUGGUCUCUGGUGUGCGACCGUCUCGUGUGGUCGUCACACGCGGUUGCGGCUUCUCACGCCGGUCUCUGUUUAGGGUCUCUGCUCUUCGGCUACAUUCUGGACCGAGUAGGUCGCCGCAUCGGCUUGAUGGUCGCCAUCACGAUGUUCGUGCCGUGUGGUCUGGCCGUGGCAGCGGCAGUUAACAUCCACAUGUACAUCGUCUUCAGAAUUCUCGUCACGAUGUUCGGCAUGGGGAUGUACCUCGGCGGUUUCGUAUUGUCCAUGGAGCUGUGCACCCCGAGGCAGCGCUCCCUCGUGAGCUCUUACUUCGUGGUGCCCUGGGCCGUGGGCUACAUGGCCACCUCAGCCAUCGCUUACACCGUCACCUCCUGGCGCUACCUACAGGUCGCUCUCACCGUCCCCGCCAUCGCCCUGUAUUGUAAUUUGUGCUUGGUGCCUGAAAGUCCAAGAUGGUUGAUUCGCAAGGGGCGAUAUGAAGAAGCGUUGUCUAUUUUGACGAAGAUGGCGCUGAGGAACAAACGGAAGAUGCCUUCCGACGACGACAUGUCGGCCGCUCUGAGAAGAAUCUGCCCUCGGAAAGUCAAUAACGUGCAGUGGUCAGCAGUGUCGUGGCUGCGUACAUGGAUUUAUCCUCAGCUGCAGUGGAAGACUCCCGUAGUUUUCUUCUGCUGGUUCUCCGUGUCCAUGGUUUACUACGGCCUGUCGCAGGGUUCCGCUAAUUUGGGAGUGAACGAAUACCAGUUCAUCUUCGUGGGAGGGGCGCUGGAAGUGGCGGCGUACCUCGUCAUCUACCCUGGCGUGACGAUGCUGGGGCGCCGCGUCUUCCUGGCGCUCACUUACGCCGUCGCCGCCGUCAGUAUCGGCGGCGUCAUGGGCAUGAUGAUGACGGGCUUUGAUGGUGGCAACGGAGGCCUGCUGUUCCUCUCGUACUCAGGGAAGUUCAUGAUCACGGCAGCGUUCCAUGUGCUCUACGUCAUCACCGGCGAGCUCUUCCCUACCGAACUGCGCUCCCUCAUCAUCGGGGAGGCCAGCGUCUGCGCCAGGAUCGGCAGCAUCAUGUCGCCCUACAUCAACAUACUAGUGGGCUCGGAAGUAAGAUGGGCACCGGCGGCAUUUUUUGGCUCGUUUUCGAUCGCGUCUGCUAUCUUGGCCGCGUUCUUGCCUGAGACGCGAGGACUCGCGUUGGACGAAGAACUUAAAGCAACGAAGAAUCAAGAAGCAAGAACCCCAGGCACCGGCAGUCAAGGCGACGAAGAACUCAAGACAAAGAAACAAGAAGAAGGAACCUUAGGUGCUGGCUAUCAGGGCGGCAAGAACAACCCUUAUUUUAGUGCUACUGAUGACACUCUUGCAAGUCAGUUCUGAACAAACCCUUUAAAAAGUUUUUAAUAGAUUCAAGUAGAUAUUAGUUUAUAUAUAAGUUAUCAAUCUCAAGAUAAUAUUUUAUGGUAUUUUUGACUCCAAAAUGGUUUAUCUAGAUAACAAUAGCGAACUAUCGGUGAACCCGUAUUACAUUCUAAUAGAAGGGAAAAUUAAAGUAAUGUGCUUCACUUCGCAAUGAUUUGGUAAUAAAGUAAACAUCACAAAGAUUGGAGCAGUAAGUUGGAGAUUCGACACGCGCAGCUAGUUGUGAAAAUUCAGGUCGAAAUCGGCUGGUUGAUGAAAAUAUGCCUGAUAUGAACGACGCCAACACCACUAUUAUCAUUAUAUUAUUAUCUAAUGCGCACUGUGGCGCAAGAAAUAACCUCAUAUUAUGUAUUGUCUUCGUUGGAUUAGAAAAUGAUAUCUGUACUCUUUUCACGAGCCUACGUACUUCUCAAUUGCAAUGAUUUAUUGUAAUUGUUGAAAAUGAUCAUUUGCUUUACUGGCCAUAGUGAUGCCAACAAGGGCUCUGUAGAAGAAGAAAACACGAGAAGGCAUUCAAUUUAAUACGUUCUUGCUAGGGGACUGGAGGAAGGAAAAUAUCACAGUCUAUGGCAAAUGAUUUGACACUCUCAAGAUAUAACAAGCAAAUUGUUCAUCACUUGGAUAUCAAGCAGUUUUAACCUGUCGAUUAUGCGAACAGAUGAGAAACUUUCACUACACUAAGAACUUAUUUCUAAACCUGAUAACUUCCAGAAACGGUCACCAAGAUAACUAUGUAUUUUCCAUUCAGGACUACUAAACAGUCAGCGAACGGUAUGGAACUUCAUAACGAAGAUACUACAACGAUAAUUAAGUCAAGUCGAGAGACUACAACGAUAAUGAGAAAGAAAAUACAAAAAAGAGAAUUAAAAAAAAAUUCAGGUCCAUGAGCAAACGCGUCAAUUCAAGAACUUUUUUUCUUGGAAUGUUUACGUCCACAAACUGAGACGUAGGCAGUUCUAUGCAGGUUAUAAUGUAUAUAGUUUAUAUAGAUGAACCAGGAAGCAUGGUAGGUAACCGCAGUUUAUAAUGGACUAAUAGCCUGCCAGCGUGGCAUCCAUUAAGCAAACUCGCACCGUAAGUAGAAUAAAUGACACUAAUGAGUUGGAAGGUCUAAAUUAUUCCAAAUCAAAGCUCGUUAAUCACCCACACGAGGCGAAAGAUCGUUUGUGGCCAGGCCAGUGAAGAACGAAGGAGCAAGACAGAAGUCGCGUUAGCAUUUCAAAUAAUAAGAAUGGAAAGUAGCAAUAGAAAAUAAGACGCUCCUAGAGAUGAAGAUGAAGACAGAGAAAGGAAAUGUAAGAAAUCCUGCCUAAAUGCAGCUUGUUCCUACAACCGAGAUCCGGUGCCAGACAUCGAGAGCUAGUAGAACGAAGCCAUAACAGAGAUAGUAGACAUAAUCAAACACGACAUUUGAUAUAAAAUAUGCUUAUUAGCAACCGGAAUCUAUAACAAUGGAAUGAAAGUAUAACAUCAACAGGAUAGCAACUCUUAAGACCGAUUAUCUUAUGUACAAUGAUCUAAACGACACAAAUUAUUGCACUAGAUAACAUUAUUGCGAGUAUAACAAGUUUCCUUAUCGAUUCUAAAUUGAAUGUUUGAAUUUAAUGACUAAGUUCUCUCAACACAGUUUAUCUUUAGUAGAUAAGAAAACUUGCAGCGCAAUUUCUUUUACUUUAAUAUUUUAUGGACAUAAGAUUUUCUGCGCACUGGUCCGGUUUCUUUCAGUGAAUUUCGGAUCUUGUAAAAUGAUACUCAUGAGCGUAUGAGCGUAAGCUAUUUGUUCGUAUCACAGUCUUCAUUAUAAGUAAAAUUAAUACAUGCAGUCUAGCCACACAAUUUUCAAUUCAUACAAGCGCAAUGUCCUAGAAUUACAGAAUGAGAGGACUCUGGAUUAUUAAAAUCAUACG